UGGUUUUGGUUGCUGUCCUGACAUAACGCCGAAAUAUUCAAGCUCCUGAAUUUAUGAAUUAAACUGUAGCUGAAAUGAUAUCGACAACAACAAGAUGUAUGCUGCGUGGCUUGGUCAUGGCACGGAGUCCGCCCCGCCUGUUGCUGCAUCGUCACAUACGCACCUUGCCAGCGCUGCCCGCAAAAGUUUUUGUCGAUUAUGAGAAUCAGUACGCACACAGUAUUCUCUCCGAAUCUUUGAAGCCGUAUCAGCUUGUACGCUCCAUUGAUAGCCCAAAAGCAGGUACAGCUGAUUUUGCCGCGCCACAGCAUGUGCUUGAACCUGAAAAGAAUGCGCAACCGGAUGAAUUGUACGCGGAUUUGCUGGCGCUGAUACAGCACUGCGCGCACACGGGCACCCAGAUCAGCGAGGAACGUUUUACAGAUUUCAUAGGCGCUUUAUGCGACGAGCUACAUAAAUUUAGCGACGAGCAGCUGUUGGGUGUGCUGCGCGGCCUGCAACAGUUGCCGACGCCGGCCUCAACGAAGGUGGCCAACUACAUGGAGCUGUGGAAUACCUUGGACAUCGAGUGCUGUCGCCGCAUCGAGCGCUGGUCCAGUGCACAGUUGCUGCUGGUCAGCGAUGCCUGGUACCAGCUGGGUCUGGCGCGGAUUGGUGAAUUUGUGUGGCAAGCUCUGCGCAAGCUUGGUCGCAAGAUACGAAAAAUGCCGCCAGCUCAGCUGGUGCAGUCCAUGUUUCUGUGCAACCUGCUGCGUCGGCCGGUGUUCGAGAUGUUUGACUUUGAACUAAAUCUGGCGCAGUGCGUACAGCAAAUGACGCUUCAGGAGCUGGGAAUCAUGGCCAUGGGCUUCUUCAAAACACAGACGCCCAUACGAAAUCCCGAGCUGUUGCAGCACAUCUACACGCGCCUGGAAGCGCAGCUGGACAGCGUCGAGGACAUUACACUGGUCGCAUUAAUCAAAGUGUUGCGCUACAGCAGCAAGUUGCCGCAGGUGGAAGCACUGGGUAAGCUUCUGGUGGCGCUUCAGUCGCAGGUGGAGCGCGUCUCGCUAAUGUCCUGCCUGCACAUGGCGCUGCUUGGCUGCGAGCUGCAGACCUGCAAUGAUGAGCUUGUGGAACGCAUUCUGCUGCGCUUCGAGCGCGAACUUGAUGCAACACGACUCAAGGAUUUGGAGCGCAUUUGUCUGGUCAUGGCACUGUUCAAUCUGAACACCGCCAGCGGCGUCGAGCAACGCCUGCUGAAGCGUUUUCCGGACAUGCUGCGCGCCCGCAUCGAUGAGAUAGUGCGCCAUCCUCGCUGCUACUCCAACUGCCUGCAGUUUCUCAGUAUGCGCGGCAUUUACGAUGUCGAACAGCUGAGCGUUGCCCUGGAGCCGCGCUUCCUGCGCCAUGCCUAUCGAAACGGCCUGCCCGGCCGCGAAUACUUCCACCUGGACAGCUUUGCUCAGCUGCUGGGCUCUGGCUACGAAGGGCCACGGCUCACCGAGCGGCAACGUCAGCAGAUGGGCAAGUUGUAUACACAGUAUAUACCGGAUCGCGCGAAAAUCCAAUACAAGCUCAACAGCACAGAUCGCAUUCUCCUGGAGAUUCGCGAUGCUGUGGGCAGUCUGCUGCGCACCACAGUCGGUCUGAAGCAUAUACUGCCCCACUACGAUCGCUGCGAUCUGGUUGUAUGCUACGAUCGACAACAGCAGUGCGCUGUGUCCCUAGAUGCCAGCUGUCCGGAGGACUACAGCGGCGUCCUGCUUACGCGGCAGCACCUGCUCGGCCCCAGGGAAGCAGCGCACAUGGACACGCUGAUCAUUACAGUCGCCGGCUGGAACAAUGUCAUACGCGGAAAGGAUCGCUACACGGGACAGUUUGCCAUGAAGCUGCGACAACUGCAGCAGCUGGGACACAAGCCUGUCGUGAUCUAUUGGCAUGAGUGGCGCGCACUGGAAACGGCCGCGGACCGGCAGGACUUUUUAAAGCGGCGUCUCCGGCAGGCGGCCAGUAUCUGAAUGACCGCAGCGACGA